AUGUCGUUCAUGGCGCAGAUCAACACACUGUUGAACUACUUGCCGGAGGUGCCUAUUCCGAAGAAAAGAGCGGGUCCAUCUGUUUCUGCUGCAGUGCUUCCUCAUCAUUCUACCUACUCUGCUGACAUGUCUACAAUUAUUCGAGUUGCUGGAUUAUCUGGAGCAGUAGCUGUAGCAAUUGGUGCUUAUGGAGCCCACGUUAUUCGCGACGAUGAGAAGGUCGACUAUAGACGAAAGAAAGCUUUUGAAGUUGGCUCUCGAUACCAUCUUAUUCACACUCUGGCACUACUCGCCUCCCCAAGAGCCAAGUACCCUUGGCUCACCAGUGCAGUUUUCUUGAGCGGAAUUGUCAUGUUCUGCGGACCUUGUUACCACUACAGCAUCACCGCACAGGAGAACACUCGAAGAUUCACUCCGAUAGGUGGUGUCCUAUUUAUAAUUGGUUGGCUCACUUUCAUUCUCUAG